AUGUCUAAUAACAGCUCUUUGGUUGGUGGUAAGGUCAUUCUGCUGCAUUAUAGGGAGAUAAUCAUUGUUGUGCAGGUUUUAUUUGUGAUAUUUCUUUGCAUCAACUCUUUGCUCAUCAUGACUUUUUUCAAAAAGGAGUGUUUCUACACAACUACACGCUACAUCCUAUUUGCUGUUACACUUCUGUCUGAUAGUUUGAUGUUAGUCAUGUCUGAUAUCCUCCUCAUCUUGGCCGAGUUUGGAUUUCCCAUGCAAGUUUGGAUGUGUGUCAUUAUCUCUGUUGUGGUAUUUGUGUAUAAUAUAGUUACACCAGUUACUCUGACAGCAAUGACCCUGGAGCGAUAUGUGGCCAUCUGCAUGCCCCUGCGUCAUGCUGAGCUGUGCUCCACACGCAGCACUAUGCAUUGCAUCCUCAUCAUUCACGGCCUCAGCUCUGUACCCUGUAUUGUUAUUCUCUCCACCUUCUUUGCAUCAGCCUCUUUUAGUUUGUACAAACAACCCAUGAUAUGUGCCAUCAAGAUUUUUAUGUUGUAUAGAUGGCAGGAUCAUGUUAUCUCAGCCGUACAAGAGUUUUACUUCUUGAUUAUGGUUAUCAUCAUUUUAUUUUCUUAUGUUAAAAUCAUGAAAGUGGCCAAAGCUGCAUCAGGAGAGGAUAAAAAGUCGUCAUGGAAAGGGCUCAGAACAGUAAUUCUUCAUGGUUUCCAGCUGCUGCUCUGUCUCAUCCAGUUGUGGACUCCAUUCAUAGAAAGCACUCUGCUUCGAUUUGAUUUAAUGUUAUUUGCUCAUGUCAGGUUGUCUAACUUCAUAUUAUUUGGUCUUACACCUAAAUGUCUGAGUCCUCUCAUUUAUGGCCUCAGAGAUGAAACAUUUUCUCAAGCACUGAAAAACUUUUUUGGCUUGUAUAAAAGAAAUAUUUGACAAUAUUGAUUAUUUGAUUGAUGUAGAUUACUGAAUAUGUCUGCCCUUAAUUUU